AUGCCCUUCGGAUAACUCAUGUCUGUCCUGUCCAAAAUUGUAUGGCAUACACAAGAACACUCACAUUACAAUAUCCAUUACACCAAUAUGAAAUUUCAAUUUUAAUGGCAAUUUCAAGAUCUCCAGAUUGGUCUGUAUCUUCCAUUAAUUCUUACAGAAAACCUCACGAGAUCUUCAUCUUCUUCACUCCAUCAUGGAAAAUUCAGUGCUCUUCCAAUCUUUCAAUUCCCCAGUUGAAUUCUUCAAACUGUCCCUCUCCUCCAAUCUUGGAGGAUCCUUCAACGAAUUUACCUGUAAUUCGACUAGAUUUCCGGGUUCAAGAUUCGCAAGAAUUUAAAAUUCCGGAGUCGAAGAAUUUAAACAAGUUCUUGCAUGGUAUACUUCAAGAUCCAAGAACUGAACAUUUAGGUUAUGAAUACUACAAGAAAGCAACAGAACAGCAAGAUUUUAGACCGGAAAAACAGUUGUUAAAGCUUCUGAUAAGGUAUUUGAUGCAAUCCAAGAAUUGGGAUUUGAUUUUAUCAGUCUGUAAUGAUUUCAAGAAAUAUAAUGUGUUGCCUGAUAGUUAUACCUGCUCAAGAAUUGUUAGUAGUUGUGUUAAAGCAAGAAAAUUCAGAAUUCUUGAUUCUUUACUUGAAUGUUUCAAAUGUUAUGGCGAAAUCGCGGUAUCGGCUUUUGAUUCUGCAAUGAGAGGUUAUAAUAAGCUACACAUGUAUGGCAGCACAAUUUUUGUGUAUGAGAAAAUGAAAUUAGCUGAAAUUGUGAUGGAUUCUGUGGGUUAUUGCCAGAUUAUGAAGGCAUAUCAGAAAAUCGGUGAUACCGAAAAGGUUGUUGCUUUAUUUCAAGAAUUUGAAGGUAGAAAUUUUAAACAUUCAAGAGUAAUUUUAAGCCAAAUUUAUCGGGUUUUAUGCGAAUCGUUAGGGAAAUCGGGCAGAGUUUUUGAAGCUCUUGGUUAUUUUGGAGACAUGAGAAAAAAAGGGAUUUUGGCUGAUUCUAGGCUAUACGCUUCUCUAAUUUGUGCAUUUGCAAGCAUUAAAGAGGUUCAUGUAGCUGAAGAACUAUUUAAAGAAGCUGAAGAGAAGAAAAUGUUAAAAGACCCUGAAAUUUUCUUGAAACUUGUGUUGAUGUAUGUAGAUUUAGGGUUGCUAGGGAAGACUGUAGAGAUUGCUAAGGCGAUGAAGCGGGUAAAAAUGAGAAUGUCGGACUGUAUUUUCUGCGCAAUUGUAAAUGGUUUCGCUAGAAAACGAGGGUUUCGUGCAGCAGUUGGAGUUUACGAGGAAUUGAAAUCAGAAGGCUACGAGCCAGGACAAGUGACUUAUGCUUCUAUAAUAAACGCAUAUUGUCGAUCCGGAUUAUAUUCCAAAGCGGAAAUGUUGUUUCUUGAAAUGCAAGAAAAAGGGUUUAAAAAAUGCGUUGUUGCAUACUCCAGCAUAGUUGCAAUGUACGGAAAAACAGGACGGUUAAGGGAUGCAACAAGACUCGUAGCAACAAUGAAAGAACAAGGAUGCGAACCGAAUGUUUGGAUAUACAAUUCGUUACUUGACAUGCACGGAAGAGUCGAGAAUUUGAGACAAGUCGAAAAGUUAUGGAAAGAAAUGAAGAGAAGAAAAGUGGCAGCAGAUAAAGUAAGUUAUACUUGUGUAAUUAGUGCAUACAAUAAGGCUAAAGAAUUGGAUAAAUGUGUAGCAUAUUUUAAUGAGUAUAGAAUCAAUGGAGGUGUGAUUGAUAAAGCUAUGGCGGGUAUUAUGAUCGGAGUUUUCUCGAAAAUGGGUCGAAUCGACGAGUUGUUGAAGAUUCUUCAGGAUUUGAAAUCUGAAGGUACAGAGUUGGAUGAUAGGCUAUAUCACUCUGCUUUCAAUGCAUUGAGAGAUGCAGGGUUGCAAAUGCAAGCUAAAUGGGUGCAGGAGAGUUUUGGGACAAUUAAUGCAAUUUAGUGAUGAUGUAAUUAAUAUCAUUUCCAUUAGUAGUAUACUUUUCGAAGCAAAAAUGUUUAUGUAGCUCUUUUUGCUACCAAGAUUUGAUGGAAAUUUGAUACUGCCAUUGUAACCUGUAAAUACAUGUAUAACAUGGAUAUACAUAAUUUUGAGCCCA